GGAGAAGUUCGCCUGCCCCGGCUUCGCACUGCAGGUCGACGGGGCUUUGUUUCAGUGAGGACCGAAAAGGGAAGAAAUAAAAACGCUUUAGCUGUUAAAAUAAAAAGCUCCACACUAAAAUAGGAAAUUGGCCACGCACGCUCGUGACAUUUCGGAUAAUUGUACAGACGCGGCAGGAAAGGAAGAGAGGAAGUGAGGGAGCGCGCGGAGGACUCUGAAGUUGACACCGUGUUGUCAUGUUUGGUACUUGUUGAAUAGGCGGCGAACGCAACGCAGCGCUGCGCUGGAGCCUGUGUGAGUGGGCGCCGUGCUGACGGGAGCAGGUGACGUGCGGUGUCCUCUCUGCGGUGCCAGGGUAGUAGUAAUCACCAUGAGACAGUGAUGGCAGAGCUGGAGAUCGACCAGUCCAACCUUCCACGUGUGCAAGAAGUCACAGAUGGUUACAACUGUACUGUAGACUGUGAGCACAGUGUAUGAGUCCUGCAGUGAAUCCUGAGGCUUCCCAUUUGUUCUCAACGAUGACACAGCCCAGUGCAUCACCAGAUAUGUGCCAGUGUUUUGCUGUGCUGGAGGAUGGAGCGUUGGCACACAACCUGCAGGAACAGGAGAUCGAGCAAUAUUAUACCACCAACAUCCAGAAGAAUCAGCUUGUGCAGAAUGACAUCCGUGUAGCCAAGAGACUGCAGGAUGAGGAGGAGGAGCAGCAGGCCCAGCAGAGCGCUCUCCUCAGACAGGCUUCCAGACAGCUAGAGGAGCAGGACUUUGAAUAUGCCCGUGUCAUACAGGAGGAGCUGCAGCGUGGUGCUGAAGAGGCAUGGAGAAGAGAGCAGGAUGAUGAGAGAAUUGCUAAACAGAUGCAGGAAGAAGAGGAGCAGAUAAUACGAAGGAGAAGCAGAGAGUCAGAGGGAUACAGUGAAGGCAGCACCAAUGAUCCUGCACUGCCUUCCCCACACCAGCACACACUCAGCAGCCUCCGCCAAGGAGAGGAGCGGUCUGCCACCACCAGGUGGCAGCAUUCCACCUCUGAAAGCUAUUCAGACAUAAGGCGGCCUAAGGCUGUCUCCCCUAGGAGGCUAGCAGCACAUGAAAACACAACUUCAUGGUCAAAUCAAGGACACGUAGAGUCCAUUAGGCACCGAAGUGAAUUGAGUGAGGAUUCAGAGGACUCAGACACCGUUUUCGCUGAACAACUGUCUGCCUUGUCUCAGAGACUACGUGAAAGACUUAUAACAGGUUGCCCUCGACAGCAGGCCUCUUUGCAUUAUCGACGACAAGAAAGAAGCCAUAGCGCACGCAGCAGCUUUACAGUUGAACCUAGAAGCUGGAGGGAAAGAGGAGAGCGGUAUGUGGACUAUGCAAGGACUUAUGACAAUAAUGACCUGGAGAUAUGGAGGCCUAGAAAUCAUGAUCAGGAAAGGAGUCGUGCUGAGGUUAAUGAGGGCAGAAGGGGGAGCAGAGAUCAAGAUAGAGAUUCCUGUUUGGAAGACGUAAGAGAAAGGCGGUGUAGUCUCGAUGAAUCUUUCCGACUACACGACAGACGUAGACACAGUAAUAGACACUUGGCAAGGACCUGGAGCUAUAAGGACAACGCAGACAAACGUGUCCAUUUUCAGGAAGACACCAGGCGCUCCAACAAGCGUCACGAUGAAAGCAAUCGGGUUUGGGAGAUGCUAGGCCAGGUCCUAAGAGAAAGGGGUGUGCCUGUGAGGGUUGGCUGCAACGGGGCGCCACUGCAAAUACUGCCUCAAAGCAGAGACAGCCAGGUGCUUCAUGGGAGCGAGGUCUCCUGCAGCGACUCCCAACCGCAUCAAAGACUCUUCCAACGAGCCGCAACAACCAGGCACAGUUUCCAUGGAGAUAUCAGGGAGAGGAGGAGAUCAUCAAACAGAGAAAACAGUGGGAGAGAUCACAGAGAAGACCGAGGCAGGCAGCAUGAUAAUGCGGAGUACGAUGGAGGAGAGAUUAGUAGUAGAGACUCAUACUAUGCUAACAGAGAAAGACGGAGCAGUAGAAGGUCGAGUGAGCCAACAUACACUGAUUAUGCGAGGAAGAGGAAUACAAACCAUCAGAGGGUCAAGAGGACCACAAGCGAACACAGGCACUGGCACAGGACCAUAGAGGAGAGAGUAAGUUCAGAGGAGGAGGAGCAGCAGCAGCAAGUGGAGAGAAGAGCACAUCGGCCCCAUCGGAGAACCCCCCAGCAUAGCCGAAGCUUCAGCAGCCGUGAGGCUUCAACCAGGGAUAGGUCCAGGCACAUGGCAGCAGUGACACCACUGCAACUAGAGCGGGGCAACACAAGCCUCAACCUGGGGGAGCUGCAGCAGGUUCUACAAGAUGAAGAACUGGCCCGAAGGUUGCAGGAGGAGGAGGAGGAAAGUCUGUUGAGGGGGAACUCGAGGCCUGCUACAUGUAGGUCUUACCCAGAGGGAGACUUCAGAGUUGCACAAGUGGCACAGGAUGAGGAAAUUGCACGUUUCAUGCAGAAGCAGGAAGUUAAAUCAAAGCGCAGAUCCAGUGAACUGGACGGUCCAGCAUCAUGGCGCGAGCACAGGGCAAUGAUCAGUCACCAUGACAGACAGACUGCAAGAGAGAGACAGUUCCAACAAGAGAGGCUGGACUCCGAGGGCCUUCCUUCCCCGACUGAGGACUGCUCCCCAGAGUACCAGCCAUCCAGUCCUGUCUCCCCUAUACCACAAACGCAGCAGAUCAGGAACAUCGCAGAGGAGUUGGACCCAACCUUUCAGGCGAGGAGGCAAGAUCCAGAAAACGUCCAAGGUGAACAAACAGACACGACUUGUCUGUCGCUUCCUGUGCGAAGUUCUGGCAUACACGACUUUGAGGAGCCGACUUUCAUCCCACCCACAAAACGGCAAACUGACAAAUCGGGACGUACUAAACCCAAAGAAAAGAAGGAAAAUUGCAAACAACAAUAAUCUGUAACAGAAACAAAAAUGACACUAAAUCUCACAUCACCUACAGAAUUAUUGUUGUUUAUUACUUUAAUGCUGAAAAUUUAAAAAAAAUUCUGACAGCAACCACAUAGCACUUUAGUCCAGUGGAACAAAGAUCUGAUGGAAGUAAAUAUUUUGUAACUAAGUGAAUAAUGACAACACUUGCCAUGUCUUUAUGUCUUCAUACAAACAAGUUUUAAUUACAGUGGUGAGUAUUUUUAAUUAUUUGUUUUUUUAUUUGUUGGUUUGUUCUUUCCUUCUCUUGUUUAAAGUGGACUUACAGUAUAAGGUGUAUGUACAGUAUGCUUCACUUGUAGAGAAGGAAACUGCCCAGGCCUGAUGACUUGAUAGUGUAUCUGAGUGUAACGAUGGGGGUUUCUGAAUGUUUGAAGGACAUAGAUCUGUACUGUUGUUGAGCUGUGUUUUCACUCAGCUAUUAAAAGGCAUUCACAUUUUCCUUUUAAUUGCCAUCUGAGUGUAAACAUUUCUGUGAAGCAGUGUCAUGAUGACACAGUACAAUGACAAUCACAUGAGCAUGUUUCACGCCUACUAAAUGGAAAUAGAAGUGCUUUGUAAAGACCACGUGUAAAUUCUGUACAUCCAAGUCAUAUGAGCAUGUUUAUUCUUGUUUAGGGACAAACCAAGUAACACAGACUCCGACAUAACUGUAAUGACAAUUUAUUUGAUUCUAUAAAAAUAAUGUUCCCAGG